CGACGAACCAGUGUCACCGGCUCUUGACCCAACCGCCAUUGGACCUUUUUGUCCUCCAUCAGUGACCUCCCAGAGUCAUUCUCUCCUUUUAGCGUUAUAUCCAUUCCAGUGGUCUUCAAGAUGUCCGCCACGGCGUCCCGUGCCGUGCUUCGGCAAUCGCAGUUCCUGACCCGCAGGACCGCGGUCAGACACGCCUCUACCACCUCAGAAGCCGCCUCCAAGGCCGGCCAGGCUGCCUCGAAGGCGUCUGAGGGUCUGUCUCGUGUCUCCUCGACCGCUGGCCCUGCCCUCUCGAACGCCGCUCAGGGCCUCGGCAGUGCCCUGAGAAAGGUUGGUGGAAGAACCGGAAAAGUCAUCGCCUUUGUCGAUUCCAUGAUACCCCCUACCCUCUACUACUCGCGGGUCGGCCUCGAGCUCGGCCGUCUGAUCUUCCGUGGACAGAACAUGACUCCCCCGAACCUGGUUACCUUCCAGUCUUACUUCCAGCCCUUGAUCAACGUCUUCAGCAACCCUGCCGCCCUCAAGAACGCCGGCUUCUCCUCCCAGUCCAUCCUGUCCCGUGUUCGCAACGCCAACAAGAAGGAGAUCGCUCUGGCUGGUGUCACCCUUGCGGAGGUCAUUGGUUUCUUCACCGUCGGUGAGAUCGUCGGCCGGAUGAACAUCGUCGGCUACCGGGGACACGCUGAGCACCACCAUUAGAUAAAUACCAAGCCGUCGUGCCUUAGCCUGUCAUCCUUCUCUUACCCCCCCUCCCUUUUUUCCUUUGUGUGCUGUACUAUUGUAUGAUAGACGAUGGAAUAAACUGUUGUCUGAGGUUGUGCAAUACGGGGCAAUUGCGUACGUCUGGUCACUUUCAAUACUUCAUCUUCUUAAAAGUCGGAGACGCCGUGGUGCUUGUGGACGAUCUUUGUGUUCUGGGUGUUUGCUGGAAAGUCUUAUAGAAC